AGCAGCGAUUCGAGCCGGCGCGCCUUCUCCGUCUACAGCAGCUCACGGGCACCCGGGCGCUACGCCCCCAGCUACACCCCCAGUGCCCCCAUGGACACCCACCUGCUCAGCAACAUCCAGAAGCUCUUCUCCGAACGUAUUGACAUCUUCAGCCCUGUCGAGUUCAACAAGGUGUCGGUGCUGACGGGGAUCAUCAAGAUCAGCCUAAAGACGCUGCUGGAGUGCGUGCGGCUGCGGACGUUGGGGCGCUUCGGGCUGCAGCAGGUGCAGGUGGACGGCCAUUACCUGCAGCUCUACCUCUGGCGCUUUGCCGCUGACGAUGACACCCUCAACGUGUGUUGA